AUGCUGCGCGGCCGCUAUAUGAUCGCCAAUUUCCACAUCGGCCGUCCGUACCUGUACAAGGCGCUCCGGAUCCCGCAACACCUAACAGACCACGACCUCGCGCAAAUGCGCAGCGGCCUCCGCCACGCAAUGGACUGGCCCCCCGUCGGCGGCAUCUUCCGCAAAAUGAAGAGCUGCAUCCCGAUCAAGUUCGCUUUCUGUUCCCAAUUCUUUGGCCAAGUCCUCCUCUUCUACUGUAUCUCCCACCACCCCGAUCCGCGCCUCCGCAAGGCCCUCCCCGUCGGCUGGGAACGGUGGACCGACGAGAUGCUGCGGUUCCUGGAGGAUUGCGCGCCGUUUAGUCCCGCUGUGGCGAAGGAUCUGGAACUCUUGCGAUUGUUACGAUGA